GAUAGGAAACUUAUCUUAUUUAGAAAGUUAAGGCAGGAACUGCAUAGUAGGCAGUUGAUGCUGCUCUUAACCCACAAGGAAUGGUGAAUUGAAACGAACCUGUGACUAAUUCGUUUGCUAGUUUUCUUCUGCUAGUUUCCACCUACUUUCUUUCUCACCAAAUCCUCUCUUGGCGACUAAUUUAACAAUCCGAGCUACAAAAGAAUACAACUAUACUCAUGUCUAACACAAAUUAUACAAUAAAGGAUGACUUUUAUGCAACACAAAUUAUGUAACCAUGCAAAGCAGGGCUGUAAUUCUUGAAAAUGAAGCUCGAAUAACGAAAUUAUGAACUACAAAGUUGAUUUAUGCUAUAGUGUUAUAAUAAUAAUAUAUCUGACUAAUUCAUCGAUGUAUCUUUCUUUAUUAGCAGGGAAGUAGCUUGUUAUUGAGCUAGACUGAAUUAGCUACAGUAACCUAUAAUUUAGCGAGAUGAUAAACAGGUCACGUGAUUGAUUAUAAACACCCCCAUGAAAUUUGUAAAGCUUGUUCUUUAUCCUUAUGGUCUGUACGAGCCAAUAUGUUAUUCUUCAAAGGCAUUAAAACAGUUUGGAGAGUAAGUUGCUGAUCAGGUUUAAGAUGAUCACGUGUCAGGAAAUUAUGGCCCCAAAUGCUUCCACGGCUUGUGUCGAGCCUUUAACAUUAUGUUCUGCCUGCCAGGACAUAAUUCCUUUGUGUGAAUCACAAGAUAUCUGAAGAGAUUUCACUUGUAAACACCUUCUGGUGACAAGCCCUAACUAUUUUGCGUGGUUCAUAAUGAAACUCUCGGAGGAUCCACUUUUUUGGAGGUUUGUGUGAAAUCUGACUGUCAGUCUGUUCUUUGGAAAGGGAAUUCCACAUUCGUGUCUUCCAAGAAUUGUAUUACAUGAGCGUGCCUCACAGAGCCUGCAGUCUCGAUACGUAUUUUCUGAAGGUGUUGAGUAAGGAUUGUCAUUGCCAUGCCCACACACCCAUUGAUUCCACAUGUGGAGAGUCCUGAUGGGCUAGGCCAUGAUGUCCUCAACCACAGCAGUGCCACUAUGCCUAGCUCUGGCUCCAGCUCUAGUAUAAAAGCCCACGUGAGCCUGGCAGAGAAGGUUGAAAUGCAGUUGGCAGUGCCAGUACCAGGCGGCUCACCCCUGGCCUGUAUGUUCUGUGAGGAGACAUUUGAGCAUGAGGAUGAGCUCGGGCCGCACCUCCUCUCCCAGCACCCCACCACGUUCCACGCUCCUGCUGUGCUGCGUGUCGAGGCCGAGUUCUUAACGCCCAGCGAGAGGACUCGCUCCAAAACAUGCCAAAACGAGCCGAACGAGGAGCUGAGCUGUGAUGUGUGUGGCCAAGCAACUGAAAAUAUUGCUGUGCUCGAGGCUCACAUGCGGAAGCAUAAGGACUCAUUCAUUUACUCCUGUAGCCUGUGUGGCAGGCGCUUCAAGGAGCCCUGGUUCCUCAAGAAUCACAUGAGGACCCACGGCAAAUCCAAAUCCAGCAAGGGCCAGGACGCCGAGGUGCCCAUCACUGUCAACGGCGUCGUCCAAGAUCGACCAGUGUCACCUGUGAUGACAGCUUACAAAAUGUGCAUGGUCUGCGGGUUUUUCUUCCUCAACAAGGAAGUGCUAGCGGAGCACAGCAAAGUGCACAAUCGAGAGCCGGAAGCUGAGGAGAAUGUGUGUGAUAAAAGCCAGCUGAAUCCGGAGGUGCCUGUCUCUCAGGAAUGCUUUCUUCAGUGCGUCAAUUUACAGAGAACAUCUGAGAAUGCUGAGCAAAAAUGCCAACCCGGCCGCUGGAUCUCGCAGCUGGACCCGUUCAACACCUACCAGGCCUGGCAGUUGGCCACCAAAGGCAAGAUUGCCGCAGGGCCGAACCUGAGCAAAGAGCUCAAUGCCGACUCCAAUUCUGACAACGAGGAGUCUGGUUCAGACAAAGAGGAGCUCGGCUCUAUCUGGGACUCUAGCAGCGGUGAUAAACUGGUGAGACGGGGCCUGAGGAGUGAGCUGAAGGCCAAACUCAGUGGUGGUGAUUUGACAGAGCAGAAGAGUCUGAGUCUGCGCAAAGACAAGCCCACAGACUGCGAGGAGUGCGGCAAAACAUUCAGAACCUACCAUCAGCUGGUCCUGCACUCCAGAGUUCACAAAAGAGAGAGAGGAGGAGCCGAGAGCCCCACCACACCCGUAGAUGGGAGGACUCCGAGCGUCAGCUCCGCCGGGAGUCCGUCACUGGAUCGAGCGGAAGAUGGCUCUGAGGACGGCUAUGAAGAAGGUGUGCCUGUUGAAGCUUUUCAGUCAGAUAAAAUUGAAGAAGGCUCACACAAAAUGAAACUGAAAAUUCUUGCUCCAAGGAAGUGUUGUUACUGUGGCAAGACCUUCCGCUCCAACUAUUACCUCAAUAUUCAUCUCAGGACGCAUACAGGUGAAAAACCUUACAAAUGUGAAUACUGUGACUAUGCUGCAGCUCAGAAGACCUCUCUGAGGUAUCACCUGGACCGACGUCACAAAGACAAGCCUUAUACUGAGAUCCCCAACAUUCCAGUGACGGCACCUGCUGCUAACAGUGCCAAAGGUCAAGAGUCUCCUAACAACAUGGAUGACAAGCCAGCCUCAAAACCAGCUAAACAAUGGCCUGCCCCUAGCGCUGUGUGUGCAAGCGUCAAACAUGAAGCAGUCCCCAGCCAGGCAGGCAUUGCCAUCACCAGCCCUGUUGCCCGUGUCAAAGAGGAGUGUGCCAACAUGGCCGCAACGACUCCUUACACUCCUCCUAACGAGCCGCACGUGAAUGGCUCUUUGCCAGUCAACCCGAAGUCAGAGGGGAAAGAAGCCUCUGAGGCACCAUUAAACCUCUCCCUCAAAGCGUCUCUGUCUUUAUCUGCUACCUCCAUACCUAGGAAUAUGUUACUGACCAACACCUGCACUUCCUGUCCUUAUGAAACCCUCUAUCCCGAAGUCCUGCUCAUGCACAGGAAACUUCUUCAUAAGGAGAAAUCUGAUGCAAAAAAGAAUUCGUACAGACCCCCACUAAAGCUGAAGCGCUACACUGGGUGUCCCCCGGCGCUCGAAGGCAAAGACGUGGCCCCUUUGGCUCACAUCAACCGAAAACAUCCUCGCCGGACCAAAUCCCCAACACCCCAACCUGGAAAAUCUUCCAAACCUCCUCAGGACACGUACAGGACUCUUCCAGGGAUUGGUACGAAGAAACCAGAGAUUUCAAAGAUGUCCCCUGCAAAGGAGACCUGGAGAGAGCAGCAGAAAGCAACCCAGAAGUUCAGGGCUGCCGAAUCUGUUAUAGGCGUCCAAAACAGGUUUCCAGAGUCAGUGGCUGAAACUAACCGGAAAUUUAACUCUCCCGCGGUCUCUCAGAAGCCCGCUCCAGUUAAAAAUGGUGUCGUCUGGCCCUCGGAAGCAAACAGGCUGUGUCUGUCCGAUCGAUUCAGGAACCUGGCACAAACGGACUUGGGUGAACCCUCCAGCAAAAGGUUGAGACCUUCUGAGCCUCUGCAGGGUGCAGGGAGAAUCGCGGAGCUGCCCUCGGACAGGAACGUGAAAAACUUCCUGCCCUUGGCUUCUGUUCGUGUGUCACCCUCAGGAUCAGGAAGUAGCCUGGACACUGACUGGAAUGUAAUCAACCUGCUACGCACAUACACGCCCAAUGAGCUGGCAUCCCUGUACCAACCCGCUAUUCCAGGCUCCAGCCAUGCUGUGACUGGAAAUUCGCCCGCUGCUGGAAGCAGGGCUCUGCCCUUCUCACAUUACCCGGGUAACAUCAUUCAGCGGAGAAGCCACCCCAACCCUCCUGACGCCACCUCUUAGAACAUGGUUUGACCUGUUUUGAAAAAAACCAACCAUGGGAACUAUGACUGGAAGAAAAGUUUACUCCUGACACUACUUCUAGAGACAGACAUGUGACCAAGAUGUGAUAUUAAGGCUGUGUGGGGGUUUCAUUUGUUAUCUCGACCUUGGUUAAGAGGCAGCGUGAACUCAGAACUUGGCCUUGAACAGUGUUGCAUUUUACACGUCAUAACGUUCCAGUAUAUCAACAGCGUACAGAUGUGGUAUUGCACUUAACGCAAAACACAACAUAUCAUGCACUCCUGUUUACUGUAAAAAUUUGGACAUGUUUCAAAAUCAAAUGCUUUUGGGGCAGAGCUUUGAUUUGCCCACAAUAUUACAUCAAAUAAGUGCCUCUUCUACUUGAUCUAAAUGCUGUUACACAAAGGUAGGAUAGACCAAAUAAACUUGACCCACGUUUGGUUCAGAUAGAUAAACUAUAUUUUGUAAAUGUUAAGACAUUUCUAUUUAGGCUGUGCUGAAAAAGGGUCGACUUUAUGCCGUGCAGCUUCUGGCAGAGUUUUAUAUCGCAGUUAAAACCGUUUCAGUUUCCCCCCCAUUUGUGCAAAUGAAAGCUGCUGUUUUUUUUGUUUUGUUUUGUUUUUCCUCCCGUCUCAAAACUGAGACACACAAAAUAAUGGUGACGUACUGUGUACUUUCUUUGUAUGGGGACUUUGCUUGGAACCUCUCACUGUGAUACGCAUCCACGGCAUCCUCAGGUCUGAUGGACGGCAGAACUGGAACAGAUGGAUGAUAGAACUCUCUGUCGAGGGCUUCCAUUGGUUUGAUGUUACAUUUUCACACACUUUGAUUUAUAUCCUUUUUUUUUUUGGGUCAAGGAUAUAUAUUUAUUUUUCUAGCGAAUGUCCUGCUUUGUCUGUUUUGUAGUCAUUUGUGUGUGGAAAAGAUAGUGGAUGCGAAUAUGGCAUUCUCGGAGCCUGUGAUAGUGGCUUAUUUACUGACCAACUUGUGUUAUGGUCUGCUUUUCUGAAACUACCUUACCCACCUACCCUACAGUUGCAUUGUUUCAUAGCACCAGAAUGUUAAUUUAUUUGCUUAUAUUUAGGGGACUUUUGUGAGCUGCAUCAGAUAAACUUGAAAUAUGUUUUUGUUUUGGCAGUUCAAUGGAAAGGCCACCUCUUUUUUUUUUUUUUUUUUUUUUUUUUUUUUUUUCUUCUUUCCCUCUCCUUCUUUGCCUUUUGUGCUUUUUCACCAUAUGUGUAAUCUGUUAAACUGGGAGAAAAGCCUGCUGUCGACGUUUAACAUGCUGGCCACUAACGUGGCUCAAAUUGAGUAAUAUUUGUACGUGUAGCUUGAGUGUUUGUUUAACCUCUGUUGUCUCUCAGUAUUGGAUUCUGUCAGUGUUUAAUAUUGUUUUUGCUUAGCUAAGAUGGAUACAUCACUGAUAUGCGCCAUAUGUAAAUACGUGUGUUUUUGAUUAUUCUGCCCUCCAUUGUUAUUUUUAUUCUUCUGCACUUUCACUACUAAUUUUUUUUUUUUUUUUUUUUUUGUACGAUCAGUUGGAGCGGUUUUUGCCCUCUCCCAGUUCUGGGAACACCAUGCACUGAGCAGAGCAGUGUAAAUGCAAUCGUCUCCCCAGAACUUCUACAGACUACAGCUAUACAGGAAAACACAAACAUAAUUACGAGCAAAGAUUUCAGCUCUGUUGUUCAGUAUGUAUAUUCCGGUCUUUCCCAUUUUUCUAUACCUUUGUAACCAUGCUCAUGAGACUUACGAGUGUAUUUCUGACUGUUCAGUUGCAGAAUAAAGCAAUGGUGUGUGCUAGCGGA